UACACGAAAAUGAGCCAUCAGGAUAACCCCAAACAUUUUCCGGCACUGGCCCCAGGCCCACCACGUAUGUUUGCUGGCCCUUCUUCCAUGGCUGUCACUCGACCGAAGAAGAACUCCACGGCCUGCUUAGCAUGCAAGCAGGCUAAGAGAAAGGCAGGUCAACCACCGCUCAACAAAUCGGCCCGACCCAACACGAGGGCUCGUGGCAUGAAUGAUCAGAGAGAAAAUGGGUUGCUAACGAUAUUCGACGGGACAACAGUGCUCUGGCCCCCCUCCCCAUGUAAGGCUUGCCUGAGUGCUGGCGCCGAGGACGAAUGUCAAUUCGACCCAAGCAGAGACCUGCGACGCAAAGUGGCCGUGAAGCGAACCAUACAAGAACUUGCCGAUUAUAAAAAGCUGCUAGAUUCGUUACUGUCGACAAUAAGGAUCGCCAAUCCAGACAAGCUCGGAGAAAUCACAGAGCUGUUAAAGAGCAAUGGCUCCAUGCGAGACCUUGCUUGUGCCGUGGGAAGCCCGGUCACACAUUUUGCAGAUACACGGGCCUUGGCCAGCGCCAGCCAGCUCUCUAUAUCGGAGGAUGGGGAGCAGUCGCUGGAAUCUCCGGUGACCGAGUUUGCGAAUAAAUUACGGCGACCUUUGGAAUCUGACAAGGUCUCGACUUCUCCGGAAGAAGAGCACUAUAUGGAUUCAGCCCGAGUUGGAUCUAAUCCUUAUCGAGUGACCUUAGAAAGCCUUUGCGAUAUCCCGUUGUAUCAAGUACCGGCAAAACCAUGGACAGAAGUCACCGAUGACACCGACUUUGUCUCGCACUUGGUCUCCCUCUAUUUCACAUGGGACCACCCUUGUGCGCAGUUUCUGGAUCAGGGGGUUUUUCUCGAACAUAUGAGGCGGCAAGAUCUCAACUCGGAAUUCUGUUCGCCGCUCCUCGUCAACAGUCUCCUAUCUGUGGCAAGCAUAUACUCGGAUAGUCCCCGGGUGUUGUCGAACCCAGAUAACACAUUUUCACGUGGCCAGCCAUUUUUUGCUGAAGCCGAGAUAUUGUGGGUAGCCCAGGAGGGGCGAGCGACGUUAUCCAAUAUCCAAGCCCUUCUAAUGUUGUGUUGCGUGCUUUCAUAUCAGGGCAAACCAGACCUGAGCUGGUUGAUGUUGCAACAAGCAGUUCAGCUAGCACAGGAUAUAGGGCUCUUUAUGCUUCCAAGAUCAAAGCAUCGAUUCAGAGAGAAAAUGACAGCAGAGAUGGAACGUUCUCGUACAAUUACGGCUUGGGGCAUCUUCAGCUUGAAUCGGCAAAUGUCAAUGAAGUUGCAUAAAAUGUCAGCUCUUCCCCGACCAGCGUCUGGGAUAGAUACAGGAGGCGAGCAUGAUUUUGACUGGACACCAUAUCCUCGAUCGAACCAAAUCACAUAUGCCACCAAGCGCGCGCAUCUACCUCAAGUUAGACAGGGUCUUGCCGAUUUGACGGAGAUCAUGAUGCAAGUUGAAGAGCUUCUAGAUGAUGAGGAGCUAAGCAGCAACUUCUCUGCUAUAUUUGCUAAAGCAGAACAACCAUACACCAGACUGCAACAGUGGUUAGCGGCCUGGCCCAAUGCGUCGCAGAACGGAAAUGAACCAGUCCCACAGCUUCUGAUAGUUCGCAUCAAAUGCCUUCAAGCGAUCAUGCAUCUCAUAGAGAUGUUGAUUGAGCGUGAUCAGCAAGGCACGGAGAUCGCCCAGUUAAAGCAUAAGUGGUUUGCUCAAGCGGAGGAAAUGGCUCAGUGCCUUCGCAUCCACCGUCAGUCCUAUGGAACUAAGCAUAUCCCCAGUCAGUUGGUUGAUGCCGUCCAGACAGCCCUUCGGGUUUUGGUGCAUCACCUAGAAGACCAGGACGAAAUCAGACAGGCAGCAUUUACUGAAAUUUGUCGGUUCGGAAUUGCUUUGAGCGAAAAGUUCAAGCCGACUGCCGAAACUAUCAACGCCAUCCACUCUAUGGCACUUCAGGGCUCAGUGAAGUUGCCCAACGAAGCUAUUGCGAUCCUGGACGGGUCUGAGCUACGAAGAGUACAGGAAUCGAUAUAG